UGUUUGCUGCACAAUUCAAUGGCGGACACGACAUCGCAAAGUAAAGCAAAACAUAAUAAAGAAAAGUGGGAGUGAAUAACGCAUAGAUUAAACUAAACAGAUGCUGAAAUUAAAAGCCUUAACCGAGUGGUAAUAGUGUUUUGAGCAAAAUGUUCGAACAAAUGUUAAAAUUAACAAGGCCACGUAGAUUAAAUUGAAAAAGAACAACAAAAAACUAAGACGGAAGUGUGAACUUUGUACGCUACUCUGUGUCUGCCAUAGUGCGUGUGUUUGUGUGUGUGUGUGUGUGUGCGCCCUAAAAGUGCAAGAACAACCAACAACAAAAACCAAACAAAGAAAGAAAAAACGAAUAGCUUGAAAUCAAAAAUGUCGACACAAAAACUAAAUGCAGCCGAAAAGGAUGUGGAGAAAUUUAUCAAAUUUCUAGCCCUGAAGACCACCCAGGUGGUGGUGCAGUCGCGUCUGGGCGAGAAAAUGGAAACGCAAUGCAAUCCCUUGGCUGGCAACGAUUGGUUCAACAUUGUGGUCGUCGAUCAUCCCGAUGUGUUGGACGAGACAAAAAAGGCGUUGGCCCUCAAGCAACAGGGAGCAGGCGGGGAGAGUAUACUCCAGCGUCUGCCUCUGUGUGUGGAAAUCUCGCUAAAGACAUCCGAAGGUGACAAAAUGAUUUUGGAGGUGUGGUCCCUCGACUUGAUACCAAAUGGUGGAAAUAGUGCGCAACGUGAAGGAGGCGAUGGGAAAGUAAGCGAAGGAACUGGAGGUGGAGACAACGAGGGACAAACUCUUAAAGCAGCACAUGCCAUAUACAAUAGAAUGAGUAUCAUGCUAAAGUCAUUGAUAUCCUUAACGAGGACAACGCCAGCCUACAAACUCUCGCGUCGACAGUGUCCGGACUCGUAUGGAAUAUUUUAUCGCAUUUAUGUGGACAGGCCGGAAGUGCAUACCCUAGGCGAGGGCCAUAAGAAUGUAAAGAUUGGUCAACUGAACACCAUAGUGGGCUCUUUGGUAAUGUCUGUGGCAUAUCGCACCAAAUUGACAAUUUCACCAACUGCCCAGCAGAAGGAACAGAAUCAGAUAAUUAUGCUUAAAUCGGAUCAUUUUCGUCCACAAAGUGCCACACAAAAUGACAGUAGUUCACCCACUACUCUGCCUGCCACAGGAUUACAGAGAUCGGCGGCCAAUGACGCGAAACGCUUCAUCGAUAUCGAGAAACCGUUGCGUCCCGGGGCCUUUGCCGAUACGGGUAAAUUGCGUCAAUAUACGGAAGAUGAUUUCGUUUUACCCGAAACGCCGCCAUUUGAAUGGUUACUCAAGGGUCGUGGCUCAUCAAUUGAAUCCCUCAAUCGCCUGGAUAAUCUCAACAAUCUGAACAACAACAAUUCGAAUACUUAUAAUCACAACAACAACAAUUCAACGGGCUUUAAGAGCUAUGAGAAGCCAAACGAGAGAAGCUGCAUGUCACCCAUCAAGAGUCUAUUAAUACCCGCCCCAACAACCUCCAAUGGUAGCGCCAGCUCCACCCUACAGAAUCAUCAUCAUUCAGAUCCUUCUCUAACCUCACCCAUCGAUGAUGAUGAUAAUCUUCUUAAAGAAUUGCAUUUUCCAUUCGCCUCGCCCACAUCGCAUGUAAAUGAUUUGGCCAAGUUCUAUCGGGAAUGCUAUCAUGCUCCACCUUUGCGCGGCAUCAACGAGUUGCAGGCAGAAGUCUCCUCAUCAUCCUUAUCAUCCAAUGCCAAUACACAACCUACAGCGAGUAGUAAUCCCACGGGCAUAGCUUGCGGAUCGUCUGCCUCAUCAGCCAUGUCAGCUGAUCCUAGUGCUAUGGAUGAUUUAUCCCGGCAGUUGGAGCAAUUCGAAACGUCGCUGGAGGAUUACGAUAAACUUGUCUCACAAUUUGGUCUAACUGGCUCCUCAUCCACGGGCAGUAGGAGCAGUGGUGGUCUCCAGAUGAGCAAUUAGAUCACAUAGACACCCCCAGAUAGAGAGCGAGAGAGAUUGAGAGACAAUUUGCUAAAUAAUAUUUAUCAUUUCUUUUCAUGUAUAUGCCAUUUCUGUUUAGUUCAAAAUUUAUAUAUUAUGAUGACAUAUGUAUGUACAUACAUAUAUAUAGGCUGCUAUGAUAUAAUUGUACAUAUACCAAAUAGUGUGUGAUGAGGAUGAUGAUAAGGAGAGACAGAGAGCAGAAAAUAUUGAAAUAAUCUGGAAGAAUGCCAAAAAGUUAACUAAUUCAACAACUAAACAGUAAAGCAAAAACUGAAUAUUCCCCAUUUCAAAUUCAUAAUAAUUUUUGCAUAAACUUUUGCACUACUUUUUAUUAAUGAAGCAUUUGUUUUCGUAUUCCGAAACCUAGUUUUAGUGGUUCGUUGAAUUCUAAUUGAUUUUCAUAAGUAAAUUUUGUAAUUCUCAUAAAAAUCUUUCAACGUCCUCGAAUAUUAGUCAUUUGGUUGUAGAACCGUGUCCCAGAUUUAAUAGACGUGAAAUUACGAAUCGGAAUUCAUAGCUAGCGCAUAUUUACUUCUGAGAAAAAAUGUAAAAACGAGAAAAAAAACUAGCAAAACAAAAGUUAAAUAAGUACUGCUUUCUUAUCUAACAAAGUCAAGGUUGAUCACUCCAACACUUUUUCAUACAUAUUUGUAUAUAGAAACUCUUCCAGAUUACUCUGUAGUCUCUCCUUGUCCUCACUUCUGUAUAAAACUAUUUAAGAAAGGGCUUGCAUUAAAAACCUAUUACUAAUAAUUGCUGAACAUAUUUGCUAUAUAGUUAAACAAUAAACAUAGGCAUUUCAAAACAGUCCCCAAAAAACAUACAUAUAUAUAUUUAUACAUAAGUAAAGUACAUAAACAAGUAUAGGCUUUAGUUCUAAGUUUUGUAAGUAUAUAAGUUAAAGUUGUGUCUUUAUACUUAUCUUAGCAGAGGGCUCUUGUCAAGUUUAGAAAUUCAAAGCAGCAGUUUAGCCUAGCCAUAGCCACAAAGUAAAAUACAGUACAUAAGAUACAAAUACACAUACAAAACAUACAUAUAUACUACUACAUAUUUAUAAGACUCGUAGCUGGUUUUUGUUUGUUUCGUUCUUCAAGUGCCUAUGAAAUAAUCAUUUUGUAUGUAUAAUAUAUAUUUAUAUAUGUAGGUAUAUGCGAUAGAUAUCAACAAUUGAUGAUAAAGUUUAUUACACAAAUGCUAAAACACAUUGGAGAUAGUAGCUACAACUACAUCCAUAUCAGCUGUAAGAUUGAUUCUUACAACCUAAGUAAAUGGUUGCCUUUGUUUUGUUGUCUUGUUUUGUGUCACCCCAAAUAUAUAAUAUUAAUUAUCAAUGAAAAUGUUGUAUAACAAAAUUGUUUUUUGAACUGAAAGUCUGUCAAAAGCAUAACGAAUUAUUUGAUGUAUAUAAAAAAAAAUUGUACGCUAUAUAGAUACAUAUAUUGGAUA